CGCCCGAGCAGGCCGCGCGCGGGCCGCCGGGCCCGAGGCCGGAGCCAUGGGCGAGACCAAGAUCAUCUACCACCUGGACGGGCAGGAGACGCCGUACCUGGUGAAGCUGCCCCUGCCCGCCGAGCGCGUCACCUUGGCGGACUUUAAGGGCGUUCUGCAGCGACCCAGCUAUAAGUUCUUCUUCAAGUCUAUGGACGACGAUUUCGGAGUGGUGAAGGAGGAGAUCUCAGACGACAAUGCCAAGCUGCCCUGCUUCAAUGGCCGGGUGGUGUCCUGGCUGGUGUCAGCUGAGGGCUCGCACCCAGAGCCAGCUCCCUUCUGUGCUGACAACCCAUCGGAGCUGCCACCACCCAUGGAGCGCACGGGAGGCAUUGGGGACUCCCGGCCCCCAUCCUUCCACCCUCAUGCUGGUGGGGGCAGCCAGGAGAACCUGGACAAUGACACGGAGACCGACUCCUUGGUGUCUGCCCAGCGGGAGCGGCCACGCCGGAGGGAUGGCCCAGAACACACAACCCGGCUGAAUGGAACUGCAAAGGGGGAGCGGCGGCGAGAGCCAGGGGGUUAUGACAGCUCAUCCACCCUUAUGAGCAGCGAGUUGGAGACCACCAGCUUCUUUGACUCGGAUGAAGAUGACUCCACCAGCAGGUUCAGCAGCUCCACGGAGCAGAGCAGCGCCUCACGCCUCAUGAGAAGACACAAGCGGCGGCGGCGGAAGCAGAAGGUUUCACGGAUUGAGCGGUCCUCGUCCUUCAGCAGCAUCACGGACUCCACCAUGUCACUCAACAUCAUCACGGUCACUCUCAACAUGGAAAAGUAUAACUUCUUGGGCAUCUCCAUUGUGGGCCAAAGCAACGAGCGCGGGGACGGAGGCAUCUACAUCGGCUCUAUCAUGAAGGGCGGGGCCGUGGCUGCUGAUGGACGCAUUGAGCCAGGAGAUAUGCUGUUACAGGUAAACGAGAUCAACUUUGAGAACAUGAGUAAUGACGACGCGGUCCGGGUACUGCGGGAGAUUGUGCACAAACCAGGGCCCAUCACCCUGACUGUAGCCAAGUGCUGGGACCCAAGUCCACGUGGUUGCUUCACACUGCCCAGGAGCGAGCCCAUCCGGCCCAUUGACCCUGCGGCCUGGGUCUCCCACACUGCAGCCAUGACUGGCACCUUCCCUGCCUACGGCAUGAGCCCCUCCCUGAGCACCAUCACCUCCACCAGCUCCUCCAUCACCAGCUCCAUCCCUGACACAGAGCGCCUAGAUGACUUCCACCUGUCCAUCCACAGCGACAUGGCUGCCAUCGUAAAAGCCAUGGCCUCCCCGGAAUCCGGGCUGGAGGUCCGUGACCGCAUGUGGCUCAAGAUCACCAUCCCCAACGCUUUCAUCGGCUCGGAUGUGGUGGACUGGCUGUACCACAACGUGGAAGGCUUCACUGACCGGCGGGAGGCCCGCAAGUACGCCAGCAACCUGCUGAAAGCUGGCUUCAUCCGCCACACCGUCAACAAGAUCACCUUCUCCGAGCAGUGCUACUACAUCUUCGGCGACCUCUGCGGCAACAUGGCCAACCUGUCCCUCCACGAUCACGACGGCUCCAGCGGCGCCUCUGACCAGGACACGCUGGCCCCUUUGCCUCACCCGGGGGCCGCCCCCUGGCCCAUGGCUUUCCCCUACCAGUACCCGCCGCCCCCGCACCCCUACAACCCACACCCAGGCUUCCCGGAGCUGGGCUACAGCUAUGGCGGGGGCAGCGCCAGCAGCCAGCACAGUGAAGGCAGCCGGAGCAGUGGCUCCAACCGCAGCGGCAGCGACCGGCGGAAGGAGAAGGAUCCGAAGACCGGGGACUCGAAGUCGGGCGGCAGCGGCAGCGAGUCGGACCACACGACACGCAGCAGCCUGCGGGGGCCGCGGGAGCGGGCGCCCAGCGAGCGCUCGGGCCCCGCCGCCAGCGAGCACAGCCACCGCAGCCACCACUCGCUGGCCAGCAGCCUGCGAAGCCACCACACGCACCCGAGCUACGGCCCGCCUGGCGUGCCCCCUCUCUACGGGCCCCCCAUGCUGAUGAUGCCCCCACCGCCCGCAGCCAUGGGGCCCCCCGGAGCCCCUCCGGGCCGCGACCUGGCCUCUGUGCCCCCCGAACUGACCGCCAGCAGACAGUCCUUCCGCAUGGCCAUGGGAAACCCCACCAAGAAUUUCGGGCUGUUUGACUUUCUGUGACCCCCAGCGAGGGGAGGCCCAGCCUCGGAGGAGACCAGGACCCCUGCUUCAGGAACCCCUCAGGGCUUCUGGAGGAUAUUCAGCCCCCACACCCGCACUUCAACAUGCUGAGUCACUAGGCUUCUGUGGAGGUCCCCAGCCUCUCUCGCCCAUUUAUGGGAGACUCUGUUCCCAUCUCCAGAAUGUGAUCUCUCUUUCUGUCUUUCAUACACAUAUGACUGCACAUGUACACACACACACACACACAUACACACAUGUCUAUGCAAGUUCACUUAACCUUCAGGGCUGGUCCCUUGCCCAGAGGGCUGGACUCUCUCCCAGUCCUCUCCCAAGUUGUGGGGCUGGUCCCCUGACUUCCCUCUCCCCUUCCUUGUAGCCCUCAAGCCUCCCACAUGUCCCCAUCAUCCUCCUACCUGGAUAAAGCCCAUAAGCCAGGUCUCAGGCCAGGCUCAGUAGAGGACUCCCCAGGCAACUGACUGGCUAUUCUCACCCCACACCCUGCGCCCACACCCUUCACUAUUUUCACAAUCACCAUAAUACCCCAGAGCAAGGGUGGGCACGGGGACUUCUGGGACUCCCAGACAGACUGCCAGGUUUUCCUUUUCACCUUAUUCUCCAGUUUAAACAACUCAUGACUCUGUCUAAGCCUCUUCUAUAAAUUCACCUGGCUCACCUAGGCUCUCAUAUUUUCAGGACUGGGUGUCAAGAGUGAGAUGAAGUCCUAACCUCCAGGCUUUGGGGCAAACCAGGGUAGGGCAUUUUGGCAUUCAUUCAUUUAUCGAAUAAACUUCCUGGGAUUUCUGGUGAGUGAGGGGUGUGUUGGAAGUGUGACUCAGUUUUGCCUGCCUUCUGGAAGCUCCGGGUUUGCUCUCAGCCCAGAUCAUGGCUUCCUCUAGCCACUACUACAGGGCUGCCUCCUGUACUCUUCCUUCUCUGACUCUGCAUUGUCCAGAUCUCCUGAGAAUCCCUCCACUAUUGCUCAUGCCUUCAGUGUUGGUGCUCCCAGUGUUCUCUCUCCAGUCCACUUCUCUUUCCUCUCUAUUUACUCCCCAAAUGAUGUCAUCCAUCCUGAUGUCCUCAACUGCCACUGAUAUGCUGGUGAUUCCCAAAUAUGUAUCUCUAGCGCCAACUUCCCUCCAAUCUUUAGAUCUGUAUUUUUAUCACCCACUGGACAAUCCAUGGACAUGUCCACAUGGAUUCAACUCAUUUCCCCACCAAGUGUGUUCCUCCUAAAUUCCAAUCCUGGUUACCUUCAUCACAAUCUACAUAGGCUCACCAGCUAGAAACAUUUAUGGGUUUAAAUUCCUUCCCAUGUCUUACUAGUCAGCAUAUCAUAUCCAUUCCACUCUAACAAUCUUUCUUGAAUUUGGAUCUUCUCCCCUCUGCCUCUACUGUAGUUCACAGGAGCAUGGGAUUUGGAGUCAGGUUGUUCUGGGUUUGAAUCUCAGCUCUAACUACUUUUUGAUUGCGUCAUAGGAGAGUUAUUUAAUCUCUCUGAGCCUCAAUUCCCUCAUAUGUAAAAUGACGAUAAUAAUACCUACCUCACAGGGUUGUUGUGAGGAUUUAAAUUAGAUAUUGUACGGAAAGUGCCUAGCACAGUG